CCUGUAAUCUGAGAACGAGGCUUGAUCCUUGGAUAGUGAGAACGAGGCUUGGUUCCUGGCCGGGUAUGCAGAGUAAUGCGGAGCUUAUCAAUAGAGAAGGAGUGAGUGUGGCUGCGGACAGGGUGCUGAUCCCUGGCUGGAGGAUUACAGGGGAGAUCUGUGAUCGCCGGACACUGAGGAGCCAUCAUAGGAGAACACAGCACUGCUCAUCACAGAAAAAUUAGAAUAUAAAAGGAAGCCUGCGUGCAAGACUGGAAAGCUUCUGAAUGGAAUUCCAGACAUCAGGGAGAAUUGUUGAGGGACAUCUAUUUAUCAAGUGAAGACCUAGAUUGAUGACGGAGUGAUUUUGUUUUUUUCUUCGUAAAUGAGGACUUGAAUUUUAUAUUGUGUUUUACUUACCUCAACCUAAUGAGCUUAUCACACAAUAUCAGGAUGGCCUGAACUUAAUUGUUGCCUUUAACAACCAACAUAUAAUUUCAAUGACGUGAGAUGCUAUAUCUUGGGCAGGAGAUAUCCUUAUUUAAGGAGUAGGUAGGUUGCCUUCAUGUACAGUAUACAAACACGACUUUCAGGAGAAUGCCCAGAAGAGGGUUUUAUCUACAAGGCAAGACCCGUUGGUUACUUGUUGGACUUGCCCUGGUUUUUAGCCUAAUGCUUCUCGCAUAUCUCUUGGAAUGUGCACCAACCCCAGAAGGAAAUGGAUCGCUGCCUGGAAUCGCAGGAGAGAUGUUUAGCAAGGAAUACUACCAGGCUCUUCUUCAGGAACAAGAGGAGCAUUAUAAAAGCCGCGCAACUAGUCUAAAGCGCCAGAUUGCCCAGCUAAAGCAGGAGCUUCAGGAGAUGAGUGAGAAACUACGAUCCGCACAAGAUAAGAAACUUUCCAAUGGUGCCGGACACCAGGGUACCAAAGAGCAACCUUCUAAUGAUCUACUUGAAUUUCUGCACUCACAGAUUGACAAAGCUGAGGUUGUGGUGGGUGCUAAACUUCCUAGCGAGUAUGCUGUUGUUCCCUUUGAGAGUUUUGAUUCUAUGAAGGUUUAUCAGUUGGAGAUGGGUCUGACACGGCACCCUGAGGAGAAACCAAUUAGGAAGGACAGGAGAGAUGAACUGGUCGAAGUUAUAGAAGCUGGCCUGGAGGUCAUUAAUAAUCCAGAUGAGGAUGACGAAGAUCAGGAAAACCGAGGAGGGGAUAAAGUUUUAUUUACAGAAGCUGAUUUUGUAGAAGGAUAUUACCGAACCGAGAGGGACAAGGGCUCCCAUUAUGAGCUAUUCUACAAGAAACCAGAGUCUGGAAGCUACCACCACAUCACUUUAUUCCGACCGUUUGGCCCACUCAUGAAGGUGAAGGUGGAAACACAGGAUGUCUCCAGGACAAUCAUCAAUAUCAUUGUCCCACUGUCUGGCCGAACAGAGACCUUUGCACAGUUUAUACAGAACUACAAGGAUGUUUGUAUUCAGCAAGAUAAGAGGACUUACCUGACUGUGGUCUACUUUGGUGAGGAUGGUCUAUCGGAAGUUCAGGAAAUCCUUAAAACUAUAGAAAAUGAUCAGAAUUUCCAUAAUCACACGUUAAUUCCACUGAAGGAGGAGUUCAGCCGGGGGCGUGGCCUGGAGGUUGGCGCAAGGGCCUGGGACAAGGAGGAUGUUCUGCUUUUCUUCUGUGAUGUUGACAUCUAUUUCACACCAGGCUUUCUAGACACGUGCAGACUAAGCUCAGAACCUGGUAAGAAAGUCUUUUAUCCAGUUGUGUUUAGUCUUUACAAUCCUGCAAUUGUGUAUGCCAAUCUAGAUGUACAACCCUCUGUGGAGCAACAGCUGGUUCAUAAGAAAGACUCCGGCUUCUGGCGUGAUUUUGGAUUUGGCAUGACAUGUCAGUAUAAAUCUGAUUUCUUAUCAAUAGGUGGCUUUGAUUUGGAAGUCAGAGGCUGGGGAGGAGAAGAUGUUCAUUUGUACAGAAAAUACCUCCACGGAGAUUUGAUUGUGGUGCGAACACCAGUGCCAGGCCUGUUUCAUCUGUGGCACGAGAAGCAUUGUGUGGAUGAACUCACUCCAGAGCAGUAUCGCAUGUGCAUCCAAUCGAAGGCCAUGAACGAGGCCUCUCACCCACACCUUGGCAUGUUGGUGUUCCGGGAUGAAAUUGAGGCCCACUUGCGCAAGCAAGCCUUCAGGACAAAUAAUGAGCCAGGGGCAUGAGCCAUCGAGUGCUGUGUGGAACCAUAAAAGCCGAAAAUGAAUAAUCAGCUGGGCCUGAAUAGAAAGAAAAGGCUACAAUAUUACGGAUGCAGGACAUCAUCGCUUAAAAUAAGCCCAGCAUAUCAUUGAUGCUUUUUGUGCCAUACUAUCCAUUGCAAAGGUGUCUGGGUAAUUCUGGACGGGGGUCGGAGAUCUUACAGAGAACUAUGCUUUGUGUGGUUGUUCAGCACAGGAAAUAAUCAGAUUUAAUAAUAAGUUUACGAUAUCAGAUCAGGAUAUCCAUAUCUAGCUGAGAAAUGUUUCCCAUGGCAUAGAUACCACAGCAAAGGGAACACACCGGUACGUCUGGGCCUAGUAAUGUGCCUUACUACUGCAGAGGGGGCGUCCCCUAUGAUCACUGCAGGAAAAGGAGAAUGUGUAAAUAUUCAAUUGUUUGUGCUUUUUUUUUUUUUUUUACUUUUGCUUAAUUUGAUUUGUUUUUGGUCUCCUUUUUUUUUUUUUUUUUUUUUUACUUUGAUUAUCACAAGCAUUCAGAAGGAAUGUCGUAGAACUGUCGAGCACAUCUUUACAUUACGGUUAUGUGAAUCGCUUUCUUGGUGCACGCUGGCAGGUCAGAUGAAGCACAAUUAUUUCUUACAGCACCUCGGCUGCCAGAGGAGAGGGUGACAUGGCAUAGCAAUAAGCUAAUCAGUGACAACUUGGUAUGAAGUAAAUAGUAUGACUGAAACGCAUGAUGUAUCCUGUGCUUCUAGAAGAGGCUUUAUCUGCUCCAUACACUUUUUUUUAUUUUUUUAUCCAGGCAUAUUCAAGCUACCUUUUUCUGUAGAUAAUCUGGUGAAUUCUGAACGUACCUGCUUGUGAUGCUGGAUCCUGCACUGCAAGCUCCGUACUGUCUCCCGCAUAUAGUACCUGCUUGUGAUGCUGGAUCCUGCACUGCAAGCUCCAUACUGUCUCCCAGCAUAUAGUACCUGCUUGUGAUAUUGGAUCCUACACUGCAAGCUCCGUACUGUCUCCAGCAUAUAGUACCUGCUUGUGAUGCUGGAUCCUGCACUGCAAGCUCCGUACUGUCUCCCGCAUAUAGUACCUGCUUGUGAUGCUGGAUCCUGCACUGCAAGCUCCAUACUGUCUCCCAGCAUAUAGUACCUGCUUGUGAUAUUGGAUCCUACACUGCAAGCUCCGUACUGUCUCCAGCAUAUAGUACCUGCUUGUGAUGCUGGAUCCUGCACUGCAAGCUCCGUACUGUCUCCCGCAUAUAGUACCUGCUUGUGAUGCUGGAUCCUGCACUGCAAGCUCCGUACUGUCUCCCGCAUAUAGUACCUGCUUGUGAUGCUGGAUCCUGCACUGCAAGCUCCGUACUGUCUCCCGCAUAUAGUACCUGCUUGUGAUGCUGGAUCCUGCACUGCAAGCUCCGUACUGUCUCCCGCAUAUAGUACCUGCUUGUGAUGCUGGAUCCUGCACUGCAAGCUCCGUACUGUCUCCCGCAUAUAGUACCUGCUUGUGAUGCUGGAUCCUGCACUGCAUGCUCCGUACUGUCUCCCGCAUAUAGUACCUGCUUGUGAUAUUGGAUCCUGCACUGCAAGCUCCGUACUGUCUCCCGCAUAUAGUACCUGCUUGUGAUGCUGGAUCCUGCACUGCAAGCUCCGUACUGUCUCCCGCAUAUAGUACCUGCUUGUGACGCUGGAUCCUGCACUGCAAGCUCCGUACUGUCUCCUGUAUAUAGUACCUGCUUGUGAUGCUGGAUCCUGCACUGCAUGCUCCGUACUGUCUCCCGCAUAUAGUACCUGCUUGUGAUAUUGGAUCCUGCACUGCAAGCUCCGUACUGUCUCCCGCAUAUAGUACCUGCUUGUGAUAUUGGAUCCUGCACUGCAAGCUCCGUACUGUCUCCUGUAUAUAGUACCUGCUUGUGAUAUUGGAUCCUGCACUGCAAGCUCCGUACUGUCUCCCGCAUAUAGUACCUGCUUGUGAUAUUGGAUCCUGCACUGCAAGCUCCGUACUGUCUCCCGCAUAUA